AACAUAUAGUGUGCGCUUUCAGGCACACUCAAUAAGCGCGGUGGAUAAAAUAUAGUGUGCACCUUGCAUGCACACUCAGUAAGCGCGGUGGAUAACAUAUAGUGUGCGCUUUCAGGCACAAUCAAUAAUAAGAAGAAGCCCGAGAGGUUUUAAAGAGUGUAUUCCUGUAGGCACACUCAAUAAUAAAGAUGUAGGAUAACAUUAAUGUGGGAGCCCUUUGGGCACCCACACCAAUAAUAAUAAGCGCGGUGGAUAACAUAUAGUGUGCGCUUUCAGGCACACUAUAUGUCACUAUCUGUCAGAUCAGCUGAGGCCUCUUGUUUGGUGGUGUAACCCAGCAUAUGAGGCUAAAUGAAAAGACAUUGAGCUAUCUUUAACAGACAUACAUAUACAGUCAGUACCGGACUGCCCGAGCAGAGUUAAUGUUAUGUUACAUUACACUGUAAUGUAAUGUUCUCCAGCUUCAGUAUGUUGCUUUCUUCAUAAGAGUAUGGUUGGAGGUUUUGAAGAGAUUUCAGCUACACAGACCAGUAAGAUUAUUGAGCUGGCUGACUAAUGAUCCACAGCUCCUCCCAGCAUCACAAGACUACGGGUACAGACAAUGGGCUAAACAAGGUAUUAUUGCCUUCUGCUGAAUGUUAACAAGUGGAAACGUUAAUCAUUUUGAGGACUUAUGUCAGGCUCAUGAGCUGGACCUGUAAGAUUCACCUUUUAAAAAAAAAUGAAACAAGGCCCUCAGACUGUGUUAAGCCCUCAAGUGUAACCCAGAUACUUACUGAUGCUUAUAAUUCAAAAAACACUAAAGGCAUCAUAGGCACAUAUACAAGGGCUUCACCUUAAUGGAAAGAAGUGGGCUCAGAAAUCCUGAACCUGAGAUUUGACUUCUCAUUUUUACCUUGAUGUACCUUGGAAAUACUCCUGAGAAUAUUAGUAGGAGUGACUCAUAUCUUAUGUUAUACAGAUCAGAGACAUGGAGAACAACAAGCUGGUUGCAAACAUCAUUCAUCACAUCAUCAUUAAGAGAUUAGGAGAAUAUUAAACAUCUGGUGGAGAGACAAAGUCAGAAGUGUAGAUCUGUGGAAAAGAACAACCAGAAUCCCAUUGACUUAGAAAUUCAAAAGUAAAAGUGGAAUACUCUUCUCCAGAAAAUCAAUAAAAUAGAAAAUUGGUCACAAAUAUCACCUUACAAGUUCUGAAAUAAUUGUAAUUUGGCCACUGUGUGAGCAGCAACAUGGAGCCAGUGGAGGGACAUAAACUGUUUUUGGAUGGUUGGAGACCAGACAUGCUGCUGCAUCUGUCAGAGAGACAGCUGUAGUGUUUCUCUGAAUAUAAUAUACAUACCGAGUUGCAGUCUUGGGAAUAAGGACAGUAUAGAAAAGGGUGAUCAAAUAACACAAGUACAUUAAUGACAGCCCUUACUAAUGAUGAUCUAUGUCAUGUGAACCUUCAGGUCCAUCUGUUCGGAGCAUCUCUAGGUGGAUUCUUGGCUCAGAAGUUUGCAGAAUGCACACACAAAUCUCCCAGAGUGCACUCCCUGAUACUGUGUAAUUCAUUCAGUGACACCUCCAUCUUUAAUCAGACAUGGACAGCAAACAGUUUCUGGUUAAUGCCAGCUUUCAUGCUGAAGAAGAUUGUCCUGGGGAACUUUGCUAAAGGACCAGUGGACUCUAAAAUGGCAGAUGCAAUCGACUUCAUGGUUGACAGGUUGGAGAGUCUGAACCAAAGUGAGUUAGCAUCACGGCUAACACUCAACUGUCAGAACUCUUAUGUGGAGCCACACAAAAUAAAGGAUGUUGCUGUGACCAUUAUAGAUGUGUUUGAUCAGAGUGCUCUGUCACUGGAGGCGAAGGAAGAGAUGUAUAAACUGUAUCCUAACGCAAGACGAGCUCAUCUGAAAACAGGAGGAAACUUCCCAUACUUGUGCAGGAGUGCUGAAGUCAACCUCUAUAUACAGAAUUAAAGACGCUGCUUGUUGUACAGAUUCACUUACGUCAGUUUCAUGGGACAAGAUAUGCUGCCAUCAGUCCUGCCAUGGUGAGUGCUGAGGAACUGGAGGUGCAGGACUGUCACCUGAACAGUAACCAGGACUCUGAU